CUGGCGGAUGUUUGAGGAAGUUGGAUCAACUUUCUCUACCUGUGGGGUUUUAGUCAGAUCAGCUUCAUAUGUACCACUACAGAAUGAGUUCAGCACCAGAUCUGGAGCAGCUGGCAGAAAUAGAGCUACAGAAGGAGGAAGAGGAGGAUGAAGAUCAGAGCUGCGUUACAGACGGUCCAAACAGCUUCAGCCCGGAUCCGUCUCACCCGUACUACGACGUCGCCCGACACGGCAUCAUCCAGGUCUGCGGUGACGAUAAGUUCGGCAGGAAGCUGAUCGUGUUCAGCAGCUGCUGUCUGCCUCCGUCUCACCAGCUCAACCACCGCCGCCUGCUGGAGUACCUGAAGUUCACUCUGGACCAGUACGUGGAGAUGGACUACAUCCUGGUCUACUUCCAUCACGGUCUGAGGAGCAGCAACAAGCCGUCCGUGAAGUGGCUCAGAGAGGCGUACGCAGAGUUCGACAGGAAAUACAAGAAGAACAUGAAGACUCUGUUCGUCGUUCAUCCCACAAACUUCAUCAGAAUCGUCUGGAACAUUUUCAAACCUCUGAUCAGUCACAAGUUUGGUAAGAAGCUGACGUACGUGAACUACCUGACGGAGCUCAGAGAACACCUGAACUACGAGCAGCUGAUCAUCCCGGCUGACGUCCUCAGACACGAUGAGAAGCUGCGAGCAGCUCAGAAAGGAGGCCCCCCUCCCUCAGUGAAAAGCCCCCCACCCCGACCCCCCCUCCCCACUCAGCAGUUCGGAGUCAGCCUGCAGUACCUCCGAGAGAAAAACCCAGAGGCCGUAAUUCCUCCGGUGAUGUCUCAGACCGUCACCUACCUGAAGGAGAAAGGUCUGAACACAGAGGGGAUCUUCAGGCGUUCGGCUCGGGUUCAGAUCAUCAAAGACGUUCAGAAGCUUUAUAACCUGGGUAAGCCAGUGGACUUUAACAACUAUGACGACGUCCAUGUUCCCGCCGCCAUCCUGAAGACGUUCCUCAGAGAGCUUCCUGAACCCCUGCUCACCUUCACCGCCUACACACACAUCCAGGACUUCCUCAGUGUGGAGAGCAGUCUGCGGGUGUCCCGGUGCAGACAGGUGAUGGAGAGUCUCCCUGAACACAACCUCCUGGUAGCUGAGUACCUGCUGGGCUUCCUGCACACGGUGUCCCAGCAGAGCCUGCUGAACCGGAUGAGCUCCUCUAACCUGGCCUGUGUGUUCGGGGUGAACCUGGUCUGGCCCCGGCACGGCUCCAUCUCUCUCUCCGCUCUGACGCCCAUCAACAUGUUCACCGAGGUCCUCAUCGAGCACUUCCCCACCGUGUUCGGUUCCCGCUGCCCCCCCGGGUCCCGCUGCCCCCCCACCCGGCCCACCCCCUGAAGCUGCAGACAAAAACACCGUUUUAUACCGUUUUUUAAAAUAGACUUUUUCUAGCGUUUUUAUUGGACACUGAAAGACUUUCAAAAUAAAAUACCCCAUAAUUAUCUGGAGGUGUUUCUUCUGAUGUGGAGAAAAUAUCCUAAAUCUAAAAGCCCGAUUUGAAGACGAACGAUUGUCUUUUUUCUACGUUUUUUCAAUUUUUUACUUUUUAGUCUUUUUUUUGUUCUGUGCAAGACUUUCAAAAUAAAAUAUCCCCAAACUAGCUGGAGGGUUUCCCCUGGAGGCUCUGACGUUUGUUCUUGAAAGAAAACCAAAAUCUAAGGGUCCAAGUUCUCCAGUUUUUAGAAUAUAAUAAUAAGAGCGUGUAAGAAUUUCAAAAUAAAAUGCCCUUAUCAAAAUAAGAUGCGGUGUCGGACGAUAUUUGACAAACUCGUUAUUAAGAAGAUUAUUACUCAAGAAUUCUGAUGCAGAAUCUGUAUGACUCUGAGAGGGAAACACUAACUCUGUCAUGUUGUUUCUUAUUGUUUCCUGCAGUGAGUUGUGUUGUUUGUGUUGUUUGUGUUGAUUGUGUUGUGUUAAGAUCUCUUUGUGUAUUUUUCACCUAACUCUGACUAAUGGAAUGUAAACAUUGUGUAAUUUCUAAUCAGUCAAAGAGACGUUUGUCGUGAAAAAUGUUAAAAAGGUCAUUUUAAGGAAUUUCAUUAAAAAGAAUAAAGUGAUAAAAAGUUCUGAAAGAA